ACAUCCGGGUCUCUGAGGAACGCCCCUCAGCGGGGCGUUUCCCGCCCUUUCUGCAGCCGUCGUGUGAGGGAAGGGGCGGCCAUGAAGUGUGUCAUUGGCGGGGCGCACCUCAGAGUGUUCGGGAGAGCAAUUCACGCCAUAGCACGUAUCAGCGAUGAGUUUUGGUUUGACCCCUUAGAGAAAGGUGUACCCUCCCAUCUGAGCCCCUCCACUUUCAAUAUGGACAAACGCCAUAUUGUCUGUAAUUGUAAUUACACAGAUUGCAUCAUGGAAGAGCCAUUCCCACUCUGCCCCUGCUGUUCCAUUCUUUGUUACCUGAGCUUGUCCAGGACAUCUGGAUUAAUACCAUGGGUCAAAAGGUUCCUGUGCUGUACCCCAUCAGAAGCUGCCUCUGAACAACAUGUUUUGUACCAGGAUGACUCAACAGGAAGCCUUGCCUUGAGAUCAGUGAAUUCUUCAAGGUCAGCAUAUGCAUACGUGUUCUUCUCAUCUAUGUUUUUUCAACACUACUGCUGGGCAGCUGUGCCUCAGCCACAUCAGAAGGAAAAGCAGUUAUCCCCCCCGUGUAAAUUGAUAAUCAAGUCAGUUCUUCCUGUAUUUAGAUGUGUAAAUAUGCUGGAAAGGAAUGUAGAGAAAUGCAGCAUUUAUACAAAUAUUAAUGAUCAUCACAUAACUUUUCAGCUCCUCUGCAAACAUGGUGUUGUGAAAACAUACAACCUGACAUUUCAAGAAUGCGAUCCGCUGCAGGCUGUUUUUGCAAAGCACAUGUGUCCCAACGUACUCAAACUCCACUCCAGGCUGCUGGCUGAUAUCAUGGUUCACUUCCCGAACAGUCAAGAAGAAGUAACUUUAUCAGUUACACCAAUGAAAGUUUGUUUCAAGAGUUACACCGAGGAGGACACUGAUUUCUCAAAGACAAUGCUUACUGAAAUACAACUGAAUCCAGAUGAAUUUGACUACUUCCAGGUUGGAGUCGAUUCUGAAGUGACGUUUUGCCUUAAGGAAUUGAGGGGACUCCUGGUGUUUUCAGAAGCCACCAGUGUUCCUGUCUCCAUCCAUUUUGACAUCUCUGGAAAGCCAGUUGCUUUCAGCAUUGAAGAUCUGGUGCUGGAAGCCAGCUUUAUCUUGGCUACCUUGUCUGAUGUUGACAAGAAGACUUCCCAGCAGCAACCACCCAGCUUUACACCACGGCAGGAAAGCCUGGAGACACGUACAGGGAAAGCUGAAAAAGCCUCCAUGGAUAAAGACAGCAGCACACAGGCAAACGCUUCCAAAAAGCCACAGAGGAAUGGAAACACCCCGAGCACGGAGCCGGCAAAACCUCGGAGUCCUUUGGUGAAACAGAGAAAAGUCAUUCCUGGAGCCACAGAGGGAGAUGCAACAGGGGUAGGAGGAACAACCACAGCCCAUGCGGCACUGGCAGGAGGGGCAACAGAGGCUCACUAUGACAAGUUUCAUUCCCUGUUUUUUGGAGCAGUUUCCUGUAAGGAGAAGGAUGCCAUCAGUCACACCUUCCAUAGCCUAGCGACAGCUAGCGACACUGAAGAGGAUUUUGGCAACGUGCGGAGCCCCCCAGUCCUCUAGUGCCAUAAAGCAUCUGAACCUAAAGACUACUGGGAUUUGCCU